GCUGUCUUGCACAAAGUAGCUCGAACCGCAGGAAGGCGUUAGUUUUCUCUCGCGCUCGCGUUAAUUGCUAUUUGUCAUCGAGAGAUGCAGCUCGAGCGUUGCAUCUCGCCAGCUCUCGCGCGCUCCAAGAAAUGUAUGAUUGUGGGCAGUGGCUACCCAAACGCACAAGCGUCUGAGCUCGCCUUGCAGGACUACCCUAUUAUAUCAAUCGGCGACAACCUGGAGAGAAGUUCACCUCUGAAAAAAAACUCCGCUGGGAUGACGAAUCAGUCAGAGGCAGACAAUUUCGCCGACUCGAAGGACUCAUCAGGGGACGUCCAGCGAGGCAAACUCUCUCCUGAUCUUGACGGAGUCGCCGACAGUCGUCACACUUUCGAUGGAUCUGCAGGAGAAAGGUAUCUCCUGUCUCAGUCCAGUCAAGUUCAGCCGAGUCCUACCACCAUGUUUCCCUACCCGAGUCAGCAUGGACCGACGCACCCGGCUUUCUCCAUCGCCAGCCCGAGCCGCUACAUGGCGCACCACCCGGUCAUCACGAACGGAGCCUACAACAGCCUAUUGAGCAACUCUUCUCCGCAAGGUUACGCGACCGCCGGGUACCCGUACGCGCAACAGUAUGGACACGCGUACCAGGGCACGGCUUUCUACCAGUUUUCCUCCGCGCAAGCAGGACUCGUGCCCGGCAAAGCGCAGGUUUACCUCUGCAACAGGGCCCUGUGGCUUAAAUUCCACAGGCAUCAAACGGAGAUGAUUAUUACCAAGCAGGGACGACGAAUGUUCCCGUUUUUGAGUUUCAAUAUAUCUGGUCUCGACCCAACGGCGCAUUACAAUAUCUUUGUGGACGUGAUUCUUGCUGAUCCGAAUCACUGGCGCUUUCAAGGAGGAAAAUGGGUCCCGUGCGGCAAAGCGGAUACGAAUGUAACAGGGAACAGAGUGUACAUGCACCCGGAUUCGCCAAACACCGGCGCGCACUGGAUGCGUCAAGAGAUUUCCUUUGGAAAACUUAAGCUAACCAACAAUAAAGGAGCAACCAACAACACAGGACAGAUGGUCGUCCUGCAGUCGCUGCAUAAAUACCAGCCUCGACUGCAUGUGGUGCAGGUGAACGAGGACGGAACGGAGGACACGAGCCAACCCGGGCGCGUGCAGACCUUCACUUUCCCCGAGACGCAGUUCAUUGCUGUCACCGCAUAUCAAAACACUGAUAUCACGCAGCUAAAAAUCGACCACAACCCAUUCGCGAAAGGAUUCCGUGACAAUUAUGACACUGUCUACACAGGCUGCGACAUCGAUCGGUUGACGCCGUCCCCGGGUGACUCUCCGCGCUCUCAGAUCAUGCCUAGCGCAAGAUAUGCCAUGACUGGUUCUUUCCUGCAGGACCAAUUUGUCAGCUCGUAUGCCAAGUCCCGCUUUCACCCUGGCGUCGGAGGCGCUCCUGGCACGGACCGCAGCGUCCCACUUAGUAACAGCUUGCUCUCCCCGCAACAAACCGAGGAGACCACGGUGGCCUCCCCGCAGCGAUGGUUUGUCACCCCUGCCAACAACCGACUGGACUUUGCCGCCUCGGCAUACGAUGCUGCUGCGGCUGCUGAUUUCGCCGGUAACGCGGCCACCCUUCUGUCGUACGCAGCUGCCGGAGUUAAAGCGCUGCCCCUGCCCGGUGCGGGAUGCUCCAACAGACCUCUGGGGUAUUACGGCGAGCCGCCGGGGUGGGGCACCCGCACACCACCGCAAUAUUGCAGUAAAUCCAGCUCUGUUCUGUCUUGCUGGCCGUCCAACUCCGUAGGGAGCAGAACGACCGCCUCAAGCUACCUGGUCCCGGGACUAGAGGACGGAGACCCCAUUGCGCCCGAGAGGUCACCGCUAGGCGGGGCGGAUGAGUCCAAACCUAAAGACCUGUCUGAAUCCAGCUGGAUAGAAACCCCGUCCUCAAUUAAGUCGAUCGAUUCGAGCGAUUCUGGGAUUUUUGAGCAAGCCAAGCGGAGGAGGAUUUCGCCAUCUGCCACGCCGGUUUCCGAGACGUCGUCUCCAUUAAAAUCUGAAAUGUUGACGCCGAGGGAAUGCGAGAAAAACUGCUCCAAGGACAUCGGCUACUACAGCUUUUACCCCCACAGUUAGAAAACUCGGACCGACUAAUGCAUGGCUUGUGUGUUCAAGGAUUCACAAAAGUGACUUAUAAUCUAUUUAUGUCCUGCUAUUUAUUUAUUUGUUUAUUUAUUUGCUCUUAUAUCCGGUCGCGUCGUUCUAAGGACGCCACGCGUCGAGUUUUAACGGAAAAAAACGGACACUUGAUCAAAUAUGUACGCGGUUUUCGUAACCAAAUGACAUUUUAAGGUUUUAACUGUCAAACCUAUUGUAAGUAUGAAAGUACUGUACAUAAUUGUAUUUAUCUAUUCAUUUGUGAUUCUUCUCGUUGAAUGUUGAUGUAUAAUAUAGAAAACCUAAUUAGGUUUAUGUUAAAUGUACUUAGAAAACGUACUUACGUUCGUUAGUUCGAAUAGCUACAUAUAUUAAAUAUUUUGAUGUCUGAAAAAAUAAGGAUACAUCUCGUAUAGGUUCCAGUUGUGAUGACAAAAACGAUACGACUGAAUUGGAAGUAGCUGCUAAUCCGUUGAAAAGCCCGCCAAAAAGAGUUCCUCUGACAGGAAAAAUGGCGGACGCAUGUCUGUCAGAGGUUGAUUUUAUGUGAGCUUAUAUUGAUGUUGCUUUUAGAGUCGCGUCGUUUGUUCGUAAAUAUCAUAGUCCGUAGUUUCAUUUUGUGAACCUUGUUGAAAUGUUUUUAACCACACCAGCGUAAAAUCAUUUAUCCCAUUACCUUUUUUUUGUAGAGAUAAAAACAUAGACAACCAUUCCACGUAUUAACAACCCAGGCAUUUCAUUUGUAUUUCAUGGGUUGUUUUCUCAUGAGGAAAAUCGCGAGUUAGGCCUGCUAAUGUGUAAAGCUAAUGUAAUUUGUGGUGUGCUUACUUGCAAUAAAUGUGACAGAAUGUGAAACCCCGGGCAAAGUACACAAGCUUCAAGCUAAGCUGAUUUCAAAACCAAAUAUUUGUACCAUUUUCUCUACCUGUUCUUGAGGUAUAUUGAAACGCCAGUCACAAUGUGAAUUCCGUUUCCUGUUCGAUGCAUUUUCAUAAUAAAAUGUAGUCAUGCAAUGCAACAAUUAAGAUAAUCGCCCAGAACAAACUCUUUGGUAGUUCUCUACAAUUUAUAGAUGGAUUUUUUACUGCAAUUUAUAGAAGCCCAAAAGGUAAACAGUAGUGUUAAUAACAAAAUAACAGACCAGAUACAUUUAGAUAAUGAGAUUUAAGUGAAUAUAUAUGGGCACAUUUUGGUUGUCAAAUAUAGGCGGUGUGAGCAUUACACCUGUGAUUUUAUAUGGUCCAUUUCAGGGCAAAUUUAAUUGGAUUUUAAACCCAUUCAUGACCUGGAUUUUAAAAAAACAGACCAAUGUUUAUGUUUUUAAGGCCUUUUGAAUUAGGGUUUAGAUAUUGUAGUGACCUGAUUCAUUAAAACUCUGCUGUAAACACCUUCAUAAGCAAUUUUGAAUGCAUCCACAAUAAACCCCACCACCGCUUGGGUAAUAUUAAUUACAGAAAGUUAAAGGCAGUUCAGUUAAUUUGUUAGUAUGGUUGAUAUUUUAAUGUAGUGCAAUUACAUUGUUUUAGGUUUGACUUGCAUCUAGAUAUUAUUAUUGCACAAUCUAAAACAUGACAAUAUUUUAUCAAUCAUGAUAAGAGGUCAAUAUGAUAAACAUUUCUGUUUUUUUUUUUUUCAGUUAUUUAAGCUCGUUUACAUCCACAUGCAACCUUCAUAUGUAUGUAAAUGAGCGGUAUGCUAUUAUUAAACAGGCAGACUGAA